ACGAACAGCCCUUAAGGGCGACCGAACCCAGGAAACGGUGGCCACGGUCGAGCACAAUGCAGAAAUCUGUUUAACCGAAGACCCCGUUGCUUAUCUGGCUGAAGAGAGUGUGCUGAAGAGAUUACCACGGGUACGGAAUCUCCGGGCUAUCAACUUUUCCGGUCCGGAGAACGACAACACGACUCUGCGUGCAUUGAUCGGCUUCGAUCGGUUCGUUCUUAUCUGAUUAACGAAACCAUAAAGACUCCCAAGCAACCGGUCACAUAAUGGGAAAAACGGCCUACACUAUCAAUGGCAGCGGGGCAACCGUGCACGAUGAAAAGAAGGCUCGUCAUACGAUGGAAGAGAAACCUCAGCAGCAUCAUGAGGUCAGCACGUUCCGUCGCAUCCUACCUCAAAUAUUGGCCAGUACGGCAAAAAAUUUCCUUCUCCUCGAUCUCGGCAUGGCCGUGGCAUUCCCGACGAUCGUCAUACCGGCACUGCGAGGCAUCAAAAACCGAGCACCCGAUGAGUUUCUUCACUUUUCCCCUCAACAAGCUUCGUGGUUUGGAAGCAUAGCCUACAUAUGCCAACCGGUGGGAAGCGUCCUUUCCGGCAUUAUCCUUGAACCUCUGGGCCGCAAGCGGUCGAUGAUUCUCGUCAACAUUCCUCACAUCAUCGGUUGGUUCAUGUUGCACUUUGCCGGUUCGCUCGAGGAGAUGUACACGGCCGCCAUUUUGUUGGGCCUUGGGGUAGGCUUCAUGGAGGCUCCCAUUGUAACGUACGUGGGAGAAAUAUGUCAACCUUCAAUCCGUGGUAUUCUCACAUCCUGUGCCGGAGUGGCCGUCAUGCUUGGCUUCUUUAUGGUGUACCUACUGGGCACGGUGACGACCUGGCGCACAACGGCCGCCAUCUGUGCCGCGAUUCCGAUUGCAACCAUGAUCGCGAUCUGCUUCGUACCUGAGACGCCCAUGUGGCUGCUGUCCAAGCAACGGCCUGAUGAUGCCCAGAAGUCACUCCAAUGGCUCCGUGGCUGGGUAUCACCGAAAGCCGUCGAACAGGAAUUCCAGGAGAUGAAGCGAUACAGUGCGAACUCGGCCAAGUGUGCCACGUGCCAGAAGAGCGAUGCUACCACGUGUCAGCAUCCACCGUUAACCGAGUGGAUGAAGCUGAAGGAACUGACGCGCAAGCGUAAUCUGCGCCCAUUCGUGCUCGUGAUGCUGUUCUUCGUCUUUGGCCAGCUCAGUGGACUGACCGGUAUGCGGCCUUACCUGGUGCAGAUCUUUCAAGCGUACGGUGUACCGUUGGACGCCAAUUGGGCCACCGUUUCUACCGGACUGCUCGGCUUGAUGGCAAACAUCGUGUGCAUGGUGAGCAUAAAGUUUGUGGGAAAACGCAAACUCGCCCUCAUGUCCAUGACGGUGACGGCUCUGUCCUGCAUUGGCCUUUCGGUCUAUGCCUUCAACUCGCUUCCGGAAGGCUGGACCUCGUUCGAUAUUCACUCAGACACAAGCCACGUGUCCAGCAAAGGGUACAUACCGAUGGUGCUGUUCUUUAUGUUGGCUUUCUUCACGAGCGUCGGCGUGCUGCCAGUCCCUUGGAUACUGCUCAGUGAAGUAUUUCCGUUCAGAAAUCGAAGCUUGGCGUGUGGUAUCACAGCUGCCCUGCACUAUGUCAUGUCCUUCGUAACAACAAAGACUUACUUUAAUCUCGAGAGUUCAUUAAGCCUCCCGGGUGUGAUACUGUUUUACGGAGUGAUGGGACUGAUUGGCACCUUCUUUGUGUACUUCUUCCUGCCCGAAACCGAGAAACGCACCCUCGAGGACAUUGAGCUGUACUUCUCCGAUAAUAAGCGCAAGCUGACCGAUAUUUACAUUCCGCGGCGACACAAAGACGUGGAAUCGGUCGCCGUGGUGUCGGUAUUGGCCGAGAAGGAGAAGGAAAAGCAUGGCAUCGACAAUACCGCCUUCACGGAGGGUGAUAAGUGAAAAGUGGCCGCGUGACG